GGCCACGCCCCCGCCGCCGGACGCGGAAGGGGCGCGCAGGGCGGCGAGAGGGCGAGUAUAAAACGAAAAGCGGACGCCAUCUUGGCUCACUUGUCAUUGAGGUGUCGCACCGCCAAGGCUUCCCGUGCGAUUUAGUGUAGUGCGAUGCCGGGUCCCUGCAGUCCCCGUGGCAGCCCCGGGCUCGCGGUGCCGGUGCUGGUGAGCGGGCUGGUGAGCGCGCUGCUUCUGGCCGGCCCGGCGGGCGCGGGCUUCGUGCCGCACCACCACGGCCCCGCGGGGCCCCUGACGGUCAUCAGGCACGCCCCGCCCGCCGUGCCGCCCUACUCCACGCAGAUCAACGUGUUCCGCUGGCUGGCCGCCUUCCCGCCGCCCGUGCUGCACCGCGCGCUGCUGCUCACGCAGGGGCAGCCCCUGCCGCUGCACCACCCCGUGCUGCACGCCCCGCCGCCCUCGCUGCACCCGCCGCCGCUGCACCACCCCGUGCUCCACCACCCCACCGUGCACCACCCCGUCCUGCACCAGGCGCCGCUCGGGCCCGUCGCACCCCCUCCCCCUCUACCACCUCCGGUGCUGCCGCCGCCGCCGCCUCCCCUGGUGCCCGCCGUCGUCAAGUCCCCGGCGGCGCCCCCGGCCCCGCUGCUGCCGCUGCCCUUCGGCUUCGCGCCCAACUUCAACUACAACUUCCCGCCCGAGGCGCUGCCCUUCGCGCCGGGGCUGCUGCACACGUCCGGCUUCCUACCGCUGCCGGGCAGGGGCCUGGGGCCGCUGCCGCUGCCCUUCCCGACCGGGGUGACCCCCACGUUCAAGAACCCCUUGCCGCUCCCGCCGGUCGGCCCGACGCCGCUGCCACCGUUGCACUUCAACCCCAAUCUUUUCGGCCAUGGCAUCACGCCCAACUACCUGCUGCCCGCGCCCACACUCUUUCCGGGCGCAUUACCGAACGGGGCGUUCGGCCCGGGCCCCGCACUGUCCCCAGAUGACUUCGACUUCGGCUUCGGCACGCCCGCAAGGGUGCCCCUGCAGCCGACGCCCACCCCGCCCGUCCCGGUGGCCGCACCCGCUCCCACCCCGACGUCCGCCAGCUUCAGCGCUCUCCACGACGGCCACUAUUAUAGGCAGUUCCUGCCUGCAGUCAACGGUAUCACCAGGGCGACAGCGGGCAACUUGGCGCUAUGACGGCCGGAGCUUUAAAUAGAACUGAUAUGAUUGUACAGUUAUUUGAGAAAUUGUUAUCAUGUUUAAUUAGUUUUAAGCUAUUUAUGUAACGGCGGGGCGGAAACGAAGAAGUGACUAAGUCCUAGAGUAAACGUUGAAGUAGCGCUGAAGAUGUACAAUGCAAGCGUAAACCACUGCGUCGCUGCGAUAUUAAAGAUUUUGUUACACAAACAAUACAAA